AUGUCAAAAAAAUACGCUUAUUACUUUUGUAAAACGCCACCAAAAAAUUACACCUUUCUUGGCUUCUAUAAAUAUCGUCGUCAGCAAUCUGACUUCACCUUUUCAUAUCAAAAAGAGUCCCGUAAACUUAGGUGCGAUCUUGAAGAACUAACGAGAGAAGAUUCAGAAGCAGUCAGAGUUUCUGCAAACAAGUUGAUACAGGACUAUAAGAAUCAUCGUGAAAAAUACCCUGAUGUUAAGAUGUUUUGGAAUAACAUAGAAUCAUCUGUUGCCGAUUCGAGUCUACGAUUAGAUAAGGUAAAUACGGCUCGAACAGUGAUACAUGGCACCGAGAUGUUGAUCAAAACUGCUUUAAACGAAGUUGAUAGCACACUGAAAACCGAUGGAGGUUUUGUCUCUAAUAAUGUACCGAAUGAACGACCAGCCGAAGAAGCUCUAUCUGAAGGAGUUUCUCCAAUCGGGAAUACAGACGAUAUUAUCAAAUCCAGAACUUCUUCAAAAAGAGGUUUGAAUUGUGAAAAGAACGAUGAUGUAGUUGCAAAACGAGGUAAAACCGGUGACAAAUCACAAGAUCAGGACACCUCCGAAAAGAGCACUGAGGAUGAACCACGUAAUACUCCACCACAAUACAUUUAUAUUAGCUCAGAUAGUGAAGAUGAAGAGCAUAAAUUGGAUGAGGAUGAUGACAGAUUCUUUGACGAUAUUAAUGAUAUGAAAAUGGUUUCAUUCAAUGACUAUUUAAACCAAAAUAAAGAGUCCGAAUGGAAAUUAAAAGAUGGUCGUCUAAUCGUUGAUAUUGUUAACAUUAAGACCGCUGAGUUAAUAAAAUUAGCUUCGGAGAAAGAGAAAGAACGAACGCAAAUUACGAAAAGUGUUAUCCGUAAAUACAGAUUAGGGCUUUCGUCAAUUAUCGAUUUAUCUUCAGAAUUUGAUGGUGGAAUGUAUACAUGGUUUGAGGAGGAAUGGAUAGAUAUUAAAAGAAUGGUCUAUGGAGUCGUUAAUAUGGAGCCGAACGCUUUCGAAGGAGAAAUAUCUAAUAUUAUAAAUACUAUUGAAGAGAUGUGCGAUAGUUACAAAUAUAAUGAAGUUCGCGAAUAUUUAUUUAAGAUUAAAACAAACGAACAUUCUAAAAUAACUCAGCAAGUAUCUGCGGUAUAUUUCUAUGUGAUCGAUGAAUUGUUAAAGAACCCGUUUAAGUUUGUUGAUAAAUCCGGCAGAUACCAAGAACUCACAGAGAUCGAAUAUGUGAUGUUCAUGACAGCGCCAAUAAUUAACAAUGUGUUUAGUGAUACACUAGAUUAUUUGAAAUUUCGAUGGGGUGAAACAUCCACAAACAUCAUGUCUGAUCGUCGUCGAAAAAUCGAUUUAAGAAUCGUCCACCAAUCAAAAAAAAUUGAACUCAGCCAUUCUGAAUGCGCAAAAGCACCAACUCCAGGAAAAGCAGUGCAAGAUCGUUCAAAAUGUCUACGAACGUUGAAAGGUGUCCUCGACAACUUGUUAAAAGAAGAUUUAACAGACGAAGAAGUUCAAGACUCAAAAGUCUUAGGGUUGCAGUUUGCUGGAAUAGAUCUACUUGAUGAUGGUCUGUAUUUCGGAUUGGAAGGACCUACUUUUAGUUUCCCAGCGCAACUUAUAAAUAUAAAAUGUCUUCGUGGAACGUUAGAGGCAUUAUAUUUCUUCAAACAAGAAAUUAUUAAAAAAAUGAAUCUAAUACCCGAUCCAAGAAGGGUGAACCACCCGUAUAAUCAGAUAUUUCACUCAAAUUCGGAUACUUUAAUAAAAGCAACCCAUUUCAAAACUGAAUUUAUUCGAGAAACACAUUUCACGCCAAAGAAAAAAAGAGACGGAAACAGUCAUACUCAAGGAUCUAAUGUUAACUGA